AUGACUUUGGAAGAUUUUGAGAAGUCAUUGGCGGAAGGACAAGAACAGCGACACGAAAAAUCAGAUCGAGAGAGACAUCAUCGAGACCGAAAUCGCGACCGCGACCGCAGCAAAGAGCGCUCGAGACAACACCGUCAUCACCGUUCUAGCCAUCACCGACGGCAUUCUUCCAGAUCUAGGGAACGUGAUGUUGAUCGUGGCCGUGAAUCCCGACAUCGCGACGAUGAUGGACACCGACACAAGCGCUCUCGCCGUUCAACCGACCAAGGAGACGAGCAUGGCCAUAAACGUCGUCAAUGCGAUGCCAAAGACGAUGAGACAUCUGCUGCCAAAACAGCGCCCGAGGAAGAGCCUAGUAAUUUGAAGCGGGAUGCCUGGAUGGAAGCACCCUCCGCUCUCGAUAUUGAGUAUGUUCACCGACCGGACACUACGCGACUCGAGGAGGAAGCCAAACCAAAAAUGCUUCACGCGGGAUACGAACUCAAGAUUCAUGAGAAGGAGCUCAACAAACACCUCCGUGAUCUUAACGAUGGAAAAACGCUCGAGGAAAUAGAAGAUGAGCCUGCUCAACAUGAUGUGGACUACACUUUUGGAGACUCGGGGUCACAGUGGAGGAUGACAAAGCUCAAAGGUAUUUACAGAGAGGCCAAAGAAAGUGGUAGGCCCGUGGAAGAGGUUGCCGUCGAACGAUUUGGAAGUUUACGCUCUUUCGACGAUGCUCGGGAAGAAGAAACCGAGAUGGAUCGUCGCAAGACGUAUGGCAAGUCUUACGUGGGCAAGGAGAAACCCAGCGGGGAGUUAUUCCAGGAAAGGAAGCUUGAGAAAAAUAUCCGACGUGGGCCACUUGAGCACGUUCGGGAUCCAGAGCAAGAGCUUAAAGCCGAGGGCCAAGCCAAGAAAAUGGAUACUGUGCCUCCCCCGAGGACCACUCAACAUCUCGAUAUGACAGCAUUGAAUCGCCUCAAAGCUCAGAUGAUGAAAGCGAAGCUCAAAAAAGCUCCAGACGCUACCCAACUCGAAGAGCAGUAUAACACGGCAGCUGCGUCAAUGUCAAACCGCAAGGAACCCGAUGUGGUGGUUCUUGAUGUUAUGCAUAAUCCCAUGCUGGCAGGCCCAAGAAAUGAGGUUAAGGCCAUUGACACCAAGAGGGGUCGCGAGAGAGGCCAGGUGGAGGCAAAUGAAGAUAUGAGCAUUGAAGACAUGGUGCGAGAAGAACGCAAAACCCGAGGACAACUCGGCGGAGAGGGCAGGCGUUUGGCGGAUCAAAUUGGCCGGGAUUCCAAGUUUGAGAACGAUUUGGAGUACAUGGACGACAAUGCGUCCAAGCUAGCCAAAAGAGUGCAUCGUUCUGAAAUUGAUCUCAAGAAUACAACUAUAAACGAUUUCCACAAAAUGAACCGGAUCUUGGACAAUUGUCCGCUUUGUCACAACGAAGACAAAGGCACACCACCUCUUGCCCCAGUGGUGUCCCUUGCAACUCGGGUCUUCCUCACACUCCCCACCGAGCCCGAGAUAAGCGAGGGUGGUGCAACCAUUGUACCAAUUCAACAUCGCACGAAUUUAAUGGAGUGCGACGACGAUGAGUGGGAGGAAAUCCGCAACUUUAUGAAAAGUCUCACACGCAUGUACCAUGACCAAGGUCGAGAUGUGAUUUUCUAUGAAAAUGCAGCCCAGCCGCAAAGGAAAAAGCAUGCAUCAAUGGAAGUCGUGCCCUUGCCCUACAGCCUUGGAGAAACUUCUCCUGCAUUCUUCAAGGAAGCAAUUCUCAGUGCCGAAUCCGAAUGGUCUCAGCACAAAAAGCUUAUCGACACACUCGCGAAAUCUAAGCAAGGAUUGGGCCGGUCUGCUUUCCGCCAAACCUUGGUAAAGGAGAUGCCUUAUUUCCACGUCUGGUUCGAACUUGAUGGUGGUUUGGGUCACAUUGUUGAGGAUGACAACCGCUGGCCUCGGGGUGAUCUCUUCGCACGAGAGAUCAUUGGAGGAAUGCUAGAUGUUGCGCCGGAUGUCAUCAAACGACAGGGACGAUGGAAUCGUGGGGAUCGAAGGGUUGACGGAUUCAGAAAGCGAUGGAACAAGUUUGAUUGGACCCGUGUUCUAAUUGAAGGGUAG